AUGCGGCAAGCAUUUGAGGACAGAGUUCAGCCAUUGCUAGUCUUGAACAAGUUGGACCGAUUAGCAGCUCUCUAUCCGGACCCGGAAGAUGCUUUCCAGCGAAUUCGUAGUAUUAUAGAGGAUGUUAACAUGCACUUUCUGAACUUGGUGGAGUCGGACAAGGAGGCUAAGGGACUGGAUGAGAUAGAUCCUCAGGAUGAAGCAAUGUAUGGCAGUUUCGAUCCUACCAAUAAUAAUGUUUUAUUCGCAUCAGCUCUACACGGAUGGGCGUUCGAUCUCCGAGCGUGGGCGGAUAGAUUGCUGCUACGGAAACUGAAGAUGUCGAAAGUGGUCGAUUCGGAAUGCACAGCGGAUGACGUUGUGAAGUAUUUAUGGGGAGACUACUGCCUGAAAAAGAAGGGCUUCGAGGCUCUCGAAGGUGGAGUGACGGGGAGUCGCACAUUCAUCAAGUUGGUGUUGGAAAACAUAUGGAGGUUGUAUGAACAGGAUGCUGAUAUGG